GGACUUUCCACCAAUCACCGACGCGCUGUCGGUCCAUAUCUUGAGCGGAUGGAACACGACCUGCCGCUCGUGAGCGUGGUCCGCGCGGCCAAGCUGGCGCUGCCUAGCAAGGCCGGGCUCACGAAGGAAGGGAAGGAGCUGCUGCAGACGGCCGCUGGCGUCUUUGUGCUCUACCUCACGGCGGCAGCCGACGACGAGUGCAAGACCAAGGGCCGCCAAACCAUCUCGGGCAACGACGUCUUCAAGGCGCUCCAGGACGUCGACUUUGCGCAGCUGGUCGCGCCGACCGCCGAUUUUCUCCAGCGAGCCAAGGCGACGGCCAAGAAGCCCAAGGCCAAGGCGACCAAGGACGACGCCAUGGGCCACGACGACAACGACGAGAACGAGCAUGCGGACGAAGAAACCAAGGAAAUGGAUCUUGACGACGAAGAAGAGACCAAGGAAGAAGCAUAAGCCGUCAUACAUAUUACGAAGUUGCAUCUAUGCCAUGUCGACGUCGUCGUCCCCGUCGGUGGCGUCCCGCAUAAUGACCACGUGGCUG